AGCGCAGUCCUUCCGCACAGAAACCGUCCCACUGCAGCUGGAAAAAUGGCGAACCUUCUCCGGCUGCCGCUCCGACUCGCCUCUACGAGCAUUCGGGGGACAACAGCUCGUCCCCCCGUCUUGAAAACGUCACCUAUAUCCAGGGCAGCUCAAAGCAGAACUGUUGUAUCUACUUCGUCUGGAGCAAUUCUUCCAAAACCAGAUAAAACACCCUUUGGUCUCAUCCGGAUGACAGCAGUGGUGGUGCCUUUUCUUUACGUGGGAACUCUGAUCAGCAAGAACUUUGCGGCUCUCUUGGAAGAACACGACAUCUUCGUUCCUGAAGAUGACGACGACGAUGACUGAAUUAAAGCUUUUGCCAUAUAACAAGAGGGUGUUUUGCGGUUUGGACUGAAAGAAAACCAGCCAGCACAAAGAAGAUGGAGCAUUUAUGACUUUCAAGUACAUCCUCUACCUCCAUCCAACUUAUGUCCUUCAAAUUCUGACCUAGAUAUCGUCAUAAUUAACAUAUAAUGUAAGGAUGUGAAAGAUAUUUCUUCCUACGCCCUCACUCCUGUUUGCACGUUUAUGUCAUCUCAAUAAAAAGUCAGUAAUAUGUGGAAA